UUCGCCUGAGUCCCCGCCUCGCCGCUGCCGCCACCGCCGCUGGGCGGCCAGGAGCCGCAGCCACCGCGCACGGCCGCCUGACUCGGUCCCGGAUUAACUGGGGAGACCAGGAACAAGCGCCUCGGGGACAGCAAUGCGACCCUCCGGGGCAGUCGGUGCCACGCUCCUGGUGCUGCUGGCUACGCACUUCCAGGCGAGUUGGGCGCUGGAGGAAAAGAAAGUUUGCCAGGGCACGAGCAACAAGCUUACUCAGUUGGGCACUUUUGAAGAUCACUUUCUGAGCCUCCAGAGGAUGUUCAAUAACUGUGAAGUGGUCCUUGGGAAUUUGGAAAUUACCUACGUGCAAAGGAAUUAUGACCUGUCCUUCUUAAAGACCAUCCAGGAGGUCGCCGGCUAUGUACUCAUUGCCCUCAACACAGUGGAGAGGAUUCCCUUGGAAAACCUGCAGAUUAUCAGAGGAAAUCUACUCUAUGAAAACACCUAUGCCUUGGCCGUCUUAUCCAACUAUGGUGCAAAUAAAACCGGAGUAAAGGAGCUGCCCAUGAGGAACUUACAGGAAAUCCUGACUGGUGCCGUGAGAUUCAGCAACAACCCUGUCCUCUGCAGCAUAGAAACCAUCCAGUGGCGAGACAUUGUCGACAGUGAUUUCAUAAGCAAUAUGUCAAUGGACUUGCAGAGCAGUCAGGCCAGCUGCCAGAAGUGUGCUCCAAGCUGUCCCAAUGGAAGCUGCUGGGGUACGGGAGAGGAAAACUGCCAGAAAUUGACCAAAACCAUCUGUGCCCAGCAGUGUUCUGGGCGCUGCCGCGGCAAGUCCCCCAGCGACUGCUGCCACAACCAGUGUGCCGCCGGCUGCACAGGACCCCGAGAGAGUGACUGUCUGAUCUGCCGAAAGUUUCGAGAUGAAGCCACAUGCAAGGACACUUGCCCGCCACUGAUGCUCUACAACCCCACCACAUACCAGAUGGAUGUUAACCCAGAGGGAAAAUACAGCUUUGGCGCCACAUGUGUGAAGAAGUGCCCACAUAACUAUGUGGUGACAGACCACGGGUCGUGUGUCCGGUCCUGCGGUUCCGACAGCUAUGAGAUGGAGGAGGAUGGAGUCCGCAAGUGUAAAAAGUGUGAGGGGCCUUGUCGCAAAGUUUGUAAUGGCAUUGGAAUUGGUGAGUUUAAAGACACACUUUCCAUAAAUGCUACAAAUAUUAAACACUUCAGAAAUUGCACCUCUAUCAGUGGAGACCUUCAUAUCCUCCCAGUAGCAUUUAAGGGUGACUCCUUCACACGCACUCCACCUCUAGAUCCAAAGGAACUGGAUAUUCUAAAAACCGUAAAAGAAAUAACAGGGUUUUUGCUGAUUCAGGCUUGGCCUGUAAACAAGACUGACCUCCACGCUUUUGAGAACCUAGAAAUCAUACGCGGCAGAACAAAGCAACAUGGUCAGUUUUCUCUUGCGGUUGUUGGCCUGGACAUAACGUCUUUGGGAUUACGCUCUCUCAAGGAAAUAAGUGAUGGAGACGUGAUAAUUUCAGGAAACCGAAAACUGUGCUAUGCAAAUACAAUAAACUGGAAAAAACUAUUUGGGACUUCAAGACAGAACACCAAAAUUAUAAACAACAGAGGCGAGAAGGACUGCAAGGCCGUAGGCUACGUUUGUAAUCCCUUGUGCUCAUCAGAGGGCUGCUGGGGCCCGGAACCCAAAGACUGCGUCUCCUGCCGCAAUGUCAGCCGAGGCCGAGAGUGUGUGAACAAGUGCAAUAUUCUGGAGGGAGAGCCGAGGGAGUUUGUGGAGAAAUCCGAGUGCAUACAGUGCCAUCCUGAAUGUCUGCCCCAGCCCAUGAAUAUAACCUGCACGGGACGCGGACCUGACAGCUGUAUAAAGUGUGCCCACUACAUCGACGGCCCCCACUGUGUCAAGACCUGCCCAUCAGGGAUCCUGGGAGAAAACAACACCCUGGUCUGGAAGUAUGCGGAUGCCAGUCACGUGUGCCACCUGUGCCAUCCAAACUGCACUUUCGGCUGUGCUGGACCAGGUCUUGAAGGCUGUGCAACGAAUGGGCCCAAGAUCCCAUCCAUCGCCACUGGAAUUGUGGGUGGCCUCCUCUUGUUGGUGGUGAUGGCUCUUGGGAUUGGCCUUUUCAUGCGAAGGCGCCACAUUGUCCGGAAGCGCACGCUGCGCAGACUGCUGCAGGAAAGAGAGCUCGUUGAGCCAGUGACGCCCAGUGGUGAAGCUCCCAACCAAGCUCUCCUGAGGAUCUUAAAGGAAACAGAAUUUAAGAAGAUCAAAGUGCUUGGCUCUGGGGCCUUUGGCACUGUGUAUAAGGGACUCUGGAUCCCAGAAGGAGAGAAAGUUAAAAUUCCUGUGGCUAUCAAAGAAUUAAGAGAAGCCACGUCUCCAAAAGCCAACAAAGAGAUUCUUGACGAAGCCUAUGUCAUGGCCAGUGUGGACAAUCCUCACGUGUGCCGCUUGCUGGGUAUCUGUCUGACCUCCACGGUCCAGCUCAUCACACAGCUCAUGCCCUUUGGCUGCCUCCUGGACUAUGUCCGCGAGCACAAGGACAACAUCGGCUCCCAGUACCUCCUCAACUGGUGUGUGCAGAUUGCAAAGGGCAUGAACUACCUGGAAGACCGCCGCCUGGUGCACCGCGACCUGGCUGCGAGAAAUGUCCUGGUGAAGACUCCGCAGCACGUCAAGAUCACAGAUUUCGGGCUGGCCAAACUGCUUGGUGCUGAAGAGAAGGAGUACCAUGCUGAAGGAGGCAAAGUUCCUAUUAAAUGGAUGGCUCUGGAAUCAAUUUUACACCGAAUUUAUACCCACCAAAGUGAUGUCUGGAGCUACGGUGUCACAGUUUGGGAGUUGAUGACCUUUGGAUCCAAGCCUUAUGAUGGAAUCCCUGCAAGUGAGAUCUCGUCCAUCCUAGAGAAAGGAGAGCGCCUUCCGCAGCCACCCGUGUGCACCAUCGAUGUGUACAUGAUCAUGGUCAAGUGCUGGAUGAUAGAUGCAGAUAGUCGCCCAAAGUUCCGUGAGUUGAUCAUUGAAUUCUCCAAAAUGGCCCGUGACCCUCAGCGCUACCUUGUCAUUCAGGGAGAUGAACGAAUGAAUCUGCCCAGCCCUACAGACUCAAAUUUUUACCGUGCCCUGAUGGACGAAGAGGACAUGGAAGAUGUCGUGGACGCAGACGAGUACCUCAUUCCACAGCAAGGAUUCUUCAACAGUCCUUCUACAUCUCGAACUCCCCUCCUAAAUUCUCUGAGCGCAGCCAGCAACAAUUCCACGGUGGCUUGCGUUGAUAGAAACGGGCAGAGCAGUCCCAUCAAGGAGGACAGCUUCCUGCAGCGGUACAGCUCUGACCCCACAGGAGCCUUGACUGAAGAGAGCAUCGAUGACAGCUUCCUGCCAGUGCCAGAAUACAUAAACCAGUCUGUUCCCAAAAGGCCCGCGGGCUCUGUCCAGAAUCCCGUCUACCACAAUCAGCCUCUGAAUCCAGCCCCCGGCAGAGACCCUCACUACCAAAACCCCCACAGCAAUGCCGUGGAGAACCCCGAGUAUCUCAACACCACCGAGCCUGCCUGUGUCAACAGCCCCGCCUACUGGGCCCAGAAAGGCAACCACCAAAUCAGUCUGGACAACCCCGACUACCAACAGGACUUCUUCCCGAAGGAAGCCAAGCCAAACGGCAUCUUCAAGGUUCCCGCAGCUGAAAAUGCUGAAUACCUAAGGGUUGCACCACCAAGCAGUGAGUUUAUUGGAGCCUGACCAUGGAGGAAAACAUCAGCCAUAAAAAUUCCGGACUCAUCAGCUACCCAGGACCAAGCCAUGGCAGCUACGACGGUACUGGUAGCCACGCCCUUAUUAACUCUCAGGCCUGUGGACUGAUUUUGCCACAUUUGCUUUGAGCAGCCCAUUUUUCAACCAGGAAGGGUCCCCCACUCAGAAGCACUUUCGGAAGUUGCAGGUACAUUCCUUUAUCUUCAGGCUCUGAAGCUUCCCAAAAAAGGCAUCCAGCAAGAAGGUUGUCCAUUUGGGCAGAACUUUACCUUUCAGUGAGGUAUAUUUGGGGUGGGGGGGAGGUGGGGAAUAGGCAUAGGAGUUUAAUUGUUUGGGGUCCUUGGGGUUUUUAAUUGUCGUUGUUGGUUUUGCUGUUAAUGGGCUCUUCCAAUGAGGAAGAAGGCUGCUUGUAGCACCAGCUACAUAGAGCUGAUCCAGGCUCCUGGGACCAAGGAACAUGGGCCACAAGUCUUCCAGCUAACCCUUGGUUCCGUGGGCUCUGCCUCAAGACUCUUCCCUCUCAAGACAAUGACACGGUACAAAAGGAUAAGCCACUCUGCCCCUGCCUGGGCAUCGGAGGAGGGAGAGUUUGUCCUCAGACUUCCUUUUGUGUAAAUGUCCCCUUGUUACUUACUUUCUAUUGUUUGUCCACCGUUUUCUAAUGACACAAUUAUUUGGCCUACUUGUUUAUUUUCCAUUCCAUUGUUUUGAAACUUGAUGUGCUUUCCCUGUCUUGAUGUCAUAAAGUCCGCAAGAGAAGAUGGUACUACAAAAAGUUCCUGCGAUGCCAGCUCACAUUUGAUUCAUCAGCUUUCAGACCAAUAGCCUUUAAUUAAGAUAGAAUGAAAAUGCAAAAGUUCACAGAGGAAUCUGUCUGCCAAAUUUGAGACUCAGGUGGAAUGCAGCAAGUCCUCGGGGGCAUGUACCAGGAGACGACUACAAAAAGGAAGCUGCUCUUAAAACUGACCUAGUCUCCCCACCUUCCCCCUGCCCCCCGAAAAUAAAUUGAAAAAUUUAGUUUAGGCUACUCAAGAAAAAGAAUUUUCUUUUUACUGUUUUUUUUUUUUUUUUUUUUUUUUUUACUUGAAGGGUACUUUGCUCCUCCCAGAUAAGCUGUCCCAACGUCUCUCCUUGCCCUUUGUGAAAAAAGGUUCUAGGUCCUGUGGCAACUACAGAAGAACUUACAGUCCAUGGCACUGUAAGGCAGUUUACAGGCGUAAAUAAAGACCCAGUUAUUUAUAGCGUGGGGUUUAAGUGGGAAUUAGAGUUUGACAUGUAGGGUAAUGCCUUCACAGCAACAUCUACGGAUGUCCUAGAAGAAAAAGAAAAGUCUUCUCCCUGCUUAGAAUAUUUCCAGUACAAACUGGAGGAUCCAACUAGUUAGGAUUCCCAACUGUUAUGAUCAACUUUUUUUUCUAACCAGUGUGUCCCUACAACCUGGUUGGGCCAUGGUAGUCCCUGAUAGGGAGUGUUUUACACACUGUUCAUUCAGCAUUCCUCCCAACCCAGUUUCUCAAGGAAGAGAUGCUUCAGACAAAGUUUUCCACCUCCAGAUGUGUUCAGCCACACACACAUACAAAAUUUUCCCUGUGGUUUUAAAUUAUUUAUUGACUCAGCUGGAUCAGGGCCCGACAGUUAACCAAAAUGUUUGAUUUUUCUGAAUGGAAAUAAAACUAGAUUCAUCUUCAUUAUAUUUGCAAAUAACUUCUAAGCAUGUAGAACAGCCUCGCACAGGUACUAAAAAUUUUUUUUUACUAGAGACACAAAAAUAAAUAAGACAUAAUCCCUGAUUCCAGUGAACUCAAAGUUUAGAAAACGAAAUGAACUUAUACAUACUCAGCUGAAAACAGUAUGACAAAUGCUGGACACAGUAUGUUAGCCAAGCACUAUGAAAGUAUGGAGCAGAAGAGAUUCAUUAAAUCUAUCUGGGAAGAUUCAUCAAAGAGGCAGUAUUGGAGCUGGGCUUAAAAGAUGACCAGGGUUUUAGCUACAAGGGAAAUGGAAAAUAUAUUCCCAGCAGAGGGAACCCUGACUUAAGAAAAGCACCUGACAAAGAAAUCCACCAACAAAGUAGGUUUAAAGGCAGCGUUAAGCCAUCCUAGCAAACUGCUCUCCUUUAAGCCUGGGGAUUAGGUGUGUAGCUUCUCAACUUUGCUGAAUGCCAUUCAUGGGGAACUUGGGGCUGUCUUCUUUGAAAAUGAUUAGUGAGAAAAUUAAGUAACAUUUCUAAGAAUCUGAGAUUUGAUUACCUUGUCAGUAAGCCACUUUUGUUUUCCAUUCACCUUGGAAUAGAAAACGUAUUUUAGUUAGAUGUUUAUUCAGAACCGGGCAACAGAAUGAUUCACGUUCUGUGGUCACUUACUUGUCAAGAAGCAGAUGCUUGUUGAGGGAGGGCAAUUGUAAGCCAGUCAAAUUGUAGCACUUAAAAGCCUAGUAUUUUUGUAACUUGGAAUAUUUUACUAUAACACAAUAAACAGCAAAAACUAGUCAAGUUUUCUUUUCUUCUCCUUUGUAUUUCAGUCUUGCUGCAAAAAUUUUCUUGGCUAAAUUCUAUUUUAAAAAGCAUCUCCCUCCCUCUGCCCAGAAAGGAGCGAAAGGGCUUGUGGAACCCCCAGAGCCACAGCCUUCCCCAAGGACCCACCAGGUCCUUGUGGGCGGGUCAGGAGAGCUCAGCAGAGGAAAGGUCCAUAGUUUUCAGUGUCACGUCACUAAUUAACAGAUCUCAACACUUAAAAUCUGUCCCUCUGGUCCUUCCUCGUUGAUAGUAAGUCCCUAAGGGCCUACAGAGAGUCCUUCUGCUGUUUCUUCCUCAGUCAGUUCCCCAGGGCCCAGCCUCAGAUCUGGCCUUGGGAAACAGAGUUCAGGGAAUGUAAGAGAAGAACUGGGGGCUAACAUUUACAAUGGACCACUGUCCUUACAUACAUUUUCUCACAUAACCUCUAAGGGAUUUCUGUAAUUACACCCUAUGAAAAAUACUUCUGCCAUUUAAAAAAAUUUUUUUUUCUUAAGAUAAAUCUUCUAAACUCUUCUGCUAUGCGUCCAGGUUGUCACUGAUUUUACACUGGGAGUAAGGGGGGCCAUCAUAUUGCAUUCCAGAUGAUGAUAAGGCUUCAAGUGUUUGUUGUAAGUUCCUAAUGUUGUGCUUUAAGCCCCCCAAAUCACAGAUAUUAAUAAACUAUGAAUGCAAAAAGCAUCAGUUCUCAAGCUCGAUGCCUUUGGGAUCGCCUGUGUCCUACCAAAAAAAUUCUGAUUUAGUUUGUCUGAGAUGCAGCCUUCCUGAGAUGGGCCCAGGAUUUCUGAAAGCUCUCCAGGCUAGUCUGAAGAGCAUCAAGGUUUGAGAACCACUGGUAUAAAUAAAAGGCCUUAGAGAGGGAGACCUCGUGCUUGGCAGAUUGACCUUCAGCUCGUGACUCACGGCCUUAGGCCUCAGGUUGCCCAUGUGUCGGAUAAGACUAUUGAAUAUGGUACCUCACCAGUUCUCACGUUGGUGCACACCAGAAUCACCUGGUGAGUUUAAGACAAAUGAUGUCUGGAGUUUCCACAGACCAAGUAAAUAAGAAGCUCAGGGGCUCCCCCAGGUGAUUCCAAUGAGCAACCAGCGUUGAACCCCGUAUCUGUAAAGUCUCCUUCAGUUUCCAAGCCUAGGGAUCUAAACCAUGUCCCCAACUCAGGGUAAAAAAGAGGAAACUGUGUGUGCUAGAGCUUCCCAGACGGAAGACAGAAAAAUUUGCAAUUGCAAAUCUGCCCCAAGACUAGGCCAUUAGAAGCCAUUCCAGAACCUUCUAAUUCAUUGUCACCAGCACUUCAUUCCGAAAGUGGCAAAUACCCAAAUCUGACCUUUAAUAAAGCCCUGGGACACUUUGCAUUUCCUAAGAAAUAAGUAAAUUCAGGAGUAAAUUAGAAAAAUCAAUCUCUUCCCCC